UUUUGGUAGGUCAUGAGUGAUGGAAGUGAAAUGUGAGGAAAGAGUGGCUCAUCCGCCGCCCGGCCGACCAGAGUUGGUGGAAAAUCUGGUUGUUGCACCGGUCAAAUUUGUGAAAGGUCUUCGUAAAGCGCAUGGCGUGUUCGUGACUGAAAAUGGCUACGAGCCGCAUAUAUACAGAAUUAAUAGUAGUGCGAAAGACUCCGUGGCAGUGAAAGUUCGGUGCUAUUUCCCUACGUGCAGUGGCCGAGGAGUUGUAGCCCUGAAGGGCUUAAUGGUCAAGCUAAUACAUCAGCACGUGUGCCCUUUGGGAACGUGCACUCCUACUUCCAACAUCAAUUUUUUGAAAAAAAUCAUCUUCGAGAGUGAAGCAAGGAAAAUAAUUGAAGAUGUCCCUCAUCUAAAUGUCCGCAAAAUUGCGGAACUUCUCGCCAGAACGAUUCCUUUGGAGGAUAUCGACCUGAAGUAUAUUCGUUCCUAUCGCAGAGCGAAGUUGAAGAAGGCUGACGCAAAAAUUCACUUAGUUCCUGGAGAUUACUUCGAAUACUCCGCGAACAAACGCUAUAUUCACAAAACACUACCAUGUCCGAUGCUAGACGGAUCCGUCACUCGUUUUCCGUUCUUCGUAAAGAACGUACGGAACGAACCUGUCGGAGCUGUAUCUAUUUAUGCUGUGGAUGCUGUGAUCCCAAUUUUGAAAGCGGGUUUCGGAAUCCUCAACAUUGAUGUGACCUCUUACAUGGUUCCUGAGCCGUUCAAAUAUGUAUUCAUCAUCCAUCUUAGUCUAGAGUACAUCGCGAUGCCAGUAAUGCUUGCAUACAUGUCAAACGAUUCUGUCGCUGCCUACGACGCCAUCCUGGAAGAAUUCAAAGCAUGGUGCGAUCGUGCUUGCUGUGAUAAGACAUGGGAAGUAAUUGUUGUCGAUUGUUGGAACCCGAACAUCAGAUCCGCUUGCCAAAAAGCAUUUCCUUAUUCCAUUUUGAUGCGCUCAUGGUUUCACUUCAUUCAGGCUCUGUAUGAGAAAUCCGAACUUCUUCAGCUGCACGAGAACCUGAAAAAUAUUAAAAUUGUUGCUGAAAUAUUCGGGAUGUUGGCUUCAAUUGUACUUCUACCGCCAGACCUCAUGAUUCAGGGCAUUGCAGUCGUCAAGUCUUGCGUGCGUAAACUGCAGUGUGAUAAAGUUGGUGGAAGCAAGAACCUGGAGAGUCUGAAAAGUCUGACCAAAUUUGUUCUGGAACGCUGGCUAAGUAACGAAGAUUUUGACAAGUCAGAAAUCUCGUUGAGCGGAGGUGAAUUUGGCACGAAAAAUGUUCUUCAAAAUUUCGUAUCAAGGUUGUACGCGUCAAAAACGACCGAAGAACGAAUGGACAUAAGCGCCCACGUCGGUAAGAUAGCGGAAUUGAUCGUCGCAAAAGUCAGCGUUGAUUAUCCCGACUUCGAAGUUAUGAAGAAGAGUUAUUCGCAGAAGCGAGAAAGAAAUGUCAUGGCGGAUCCGGACAUCAUCAAGUAUCAAAAUGAAGCUUCACGCUUGUCAAAAAUGUUGGAAACGAGUGGACAAACUAACGAAAAGGUUGAACUACUGCUUCAUAUAGAACACUUUCUGUUGGCGGGAGCCAAGCAAGUUAACUCGCAUGCUAAUUUUCUCACGGGGGACUUGAAUCUGAAAGGAGAUGGGAUGGGAGUCCUCAACGUCGAUGUUAAUGCUGGAUUCCGAGCCUUAGCGCUUUCCGAAAAUAUCAGUUUUACCUCCGAAAGCAUGGAUCUAAGCGACGAAGAUUCGGAUUUCGAUCCGAUAGCACUGAAGAAAGAGAACGCCGAAUUGAAAGAAAAACUUGCGCAGUUCGAAAACGUGACUCCAUGUCCCGUUUGCAAGAAGAAUCCUUGGACUGUGAUCACGGACGUGUGUCAUCAUGUGGUGGGCUGCCUGAGAUGUGCCCUAAGUAAAGAAAUUUCCAUGGGUUCCGGUGAGAUGAGUUAUCGAAAGCGCGAGAAGCCGAUGAUCAUGUCCACGGCGGGCGCCGUGCCCACGAAGAACGAAAAGGGCGAAGUAACGAUGGAAAAGGUGAAGGUACAUCGUUACGUCACUGGUAAACGUCCAGAUUACGCUCCUGAUUCAUCAGGAGAGGAAGAAAGUGAUGAGGAGAUGUUUGCCCCACCCCAAACUGGGGCAGGAGGAAAACGCGGAAUGGUUGCUAUGGAUAGAAUGGAACGAGGUGGAGGAUCGGAAUCUGAAGAGGAAAGUGACGAAGGAGAAGAAGAAGAACUAUCAUUGGAAGAAAUCGAACGUCAACGGAGGAUUCGUCGUCAGCGCUUGCUUGAACAGGAGGAGAUGAACUUCUCCGGACGACGAAUUCAUGAACCAGAAAUUCUCGAUGCCGGUGAUUUGGAAGAUGAGGAGGAUGAAGAAGACGUCAAGCCAGACGAAGCUACCCUAAUGGGUGUAGAUAUUCGUCGAAAGCGGCAUGAAGUCCCCGCAGCAGUGAUUGGCGGCGAUGACGACGACGAAGACGAGGAGGAAGAGGAUUUGGACGAAGAAGAACUCGAGCGGAGAAGACGGCUUCUGCGAGAAAAGGCUCGUCAGCAACGUCUUCGGGAGGAGCAGGAGCUUGCAGCGAAGCAAGAGAUCCGCGUAGAGUCGGACGAAGAAGUAGAAGAAGAUGAAAGCGAGGAGGAAGAGAGCAGCGAGGAAGAAACCACCGACGAGGAAGACACGGGGCCACGACUCAAACCCGUGUUCGUGCGAAGCAAAGACCGGUUGACGCUGGAGGAGCGAGCCAAAGAAGACGAAGCUGCGAAAGCGCGAGAAGCUGAAACCAAACGCCUAAUAGAAGAAAGACGGCGGGAAACCCUGAAACUGGUUGAACAAGACCGCAAAGGUCUCGGUGAUCCUGAAAAAGUGGCCGAAUUCAAAGAACCUUGGGAAGAAGUUAUUACUGAUGAUGAAAACGACGAGGUGGAGUACGAGGCUUGGAAGCAACGGGAGAUGAAACGAGUCAAGCGGGACCGUGACGAGCGCGAAGCUCACGAACGAGAGAAAUUGGAGGCUGAACGACUCCGCAACAUGUCCGAGGAAGAACGACGACUCGAAGCCCGGCUGAAUCCCAAACUUGUCACCAACAAAGCCGCGAAGGGAAAAUACAAAUUCCUGCAGAAGUACUAUCACCGAGGAGCUUUCUUCUUGGACAAGGAAGAAAAUGUGUAUCGACGAGAUUUCUCUGGUGCUACGUUGGAGGAUAGAUUCGACAAGACUGUGUUGCCUAAGGUGAUGCAGGUGAAGAACUUCGGCCGCAGCGGUCGAACCAAGUACACUCAUCUGGUGGAUCAAGAUACGACGCAGUUUGAUUCCCCUUGGAUGGCAGAAACCGCCAUAAACGUCAAGUUCAAUACCACUCACGGCGGUGGAAUGAAACAGGUCUUCGAACGGCCUUCGUUGCGUAAAGACCGACAAGAAGGCGGGACAAAUUGAUCAAUUGUGAUUAUUUUUUUAUUGCAUGAGUUUUCUUAUGUCAUGUGCCCGAUUUUUGCAGGGUGAUUUUGCGACAUUUUGGCGAUAGCAAGAAGCGAAAAUUUAUGUUGAACACCAGUCUAGGCAAUUUUCAAUACCUCGUGUAUUUCCAGCCUCGAAUUCUCGAAGUACUAAGGUGUCCAAAAUUUAACUGAGCUAUAAUUAAUUCCUAAUUAAUACAAAUCUACAUUACAUUUUGCCUUACACGUUGUAGUACGGUGUUUUUUUUUUAAGCCUGUCCUUCGCAAUGACGAAUUGAUUUGUUUUGGGUAAAUGUCACUGACAGUCACAGUAGAUAAUUGAAUAUUAAUCUCAAACUGAAUCAUCGCAAACUCCAUCUGCUUUUGGGUACUUUUUGUGUUCAUUGGCGUUGCAUUCAUAUUCAUAGUUGGAAGAAAACCGAAGGAUUCGUCGGUUUCAAGUGGAUUUUCCGUAAUUGAAUGAAUCGGUGAAAACAGUUAAUUAUUUUUACUGCUUCAAAAAUCCUUUUCAGGCCUUCAGACGGGAACAUUUACCAGAUACAUUCAUGUGUUUAACCGGAGUACAGUAAAUUCUUGGAUACCCUAGAUUUAACUCGAGUCGCGAUUCAGUUUUCGCCGAAAGAACUCGUCCAAUGGUUGUUAAAAAAAUCAACCAUAAUUUGAGCGUUUGCUUUUGCCAAUCCUGUUGCUAAUUAUUCUGUAGAUGAAGAGCGAUGAAGGGUGGUUUCCCACUUCUGUGGAUUUGUUGGGUGUGUGUUGCGUAACUGGACCUUUUGGAAUAAAUGUUAAGAAAAUGACCAAAGAA